AGCAGAUCUUUAUACGCAAGUCAGUUGAAUAAAGUCAACCGUAACCGGUAGUGAUAAAAAAUGUAAAAAUAUUCGCCAUGCUCAAUGCAAAGGUCGCAAUUUUAAACGAAAAUUAGCUGUGUUUUUAUUUAUAAAAUGUUAUUCAAUUAUUCCAGUAUUGCUAUCAUCAUAUUAAGUCAAAUUAUUCAGACUUUAACUCUUUUAGAAGACGCGAAAUUAUUUUUUACGGAUCUGUCAUCUAAAUACGGGCAUCCAGCAGAAAAAUACGAUGUCACCACAGAAGAUGGAUACAUACUUACGCUUUAUCGUUUGCCUGGUAAAAGCAAGCUUCCAGUUUUACUAAUGCAUGGACUGUUUAGCACAGCUGACUCUUGGAUACUUAGGGGCAACACAUCUUUGCCUAUAACCCUCGCAAACUCUGGCUAUGACGUUUGGAUAGGCAACUGUCGAGGGAAUACAUAUUCCAGAAAACAUAUCCACAUAAGCCCAAAUUCAAGAAAAUUCUGGAACUUUACAUUCCACGAACUAGCCAUCUACGAUUUGAGAGCUGUAAUUGACAAAGUACUGAAGGAAACUGGAGCAAAAAAGCUCAAUGCAAUCGGCCAUUCCUUGGGAAACACAAUCUUCUACGUUCUAGGAUCCACGGUACCAGAGUACAACGAAAAACUUAAUUUACUUAUAGCAUUAUCACCUAUAUGCUAUUUACAUAACGUUCCAUCCCCCGUGAAGAAUAUUUUGGAUUUAGCACCAUUUUUUAAAGAGUUAAGAAAGCAGAACUACGUCGACAAAGUAUUCGGACCCGGUUUAAUCAAGCAGUUGCUAGAAAAAAUCUGUGCAAAUCCAGUUUACGGCUACAUCAUAUGUGUUGAGACACUACUUUUUCCUUUAACUGGAUUCAAUAGAGAGGAACUGGGACCAGAUUUUCUACCCAUACUGAUCUCCCACUUCCCUUCAAGCAGUUCUUUGAAGAAUUUACUGCAUCUUGCACAAGUUUAUAACAGAAGAAAAUUCGCAAAAUAUGAUUACGGAUUUUCAAAAAAUUUCUUACUUUACAACUCUACAAAACCUCCUCUUUAUGACUUGGGAAAAGUGAAAAUGCGUAUAGCUUUAAUAUCGGCGAAAAAUGACAGACUAUCGACAUUAAAAGAUGUAGAAAUAUUGAGAGGGAGACUGACUAAUAUUGUGAGUGAUUUGGUGAUGCCUUUGGACAAGUUCAACCAUGUAGAUUAUAUUUGGGGCGAGCGAACUAAUUUGUAUCUACAUCCGUACAUCUUAAGUGAGUUAAAAAUGUAUUCUUGAUAAUUUUAGCCUUUAGUACACAACGCAAUCGCACGCGGAGUGCAGUACAUGGUAAUUAGAGUACGCAUCAGUGUGCUAAAGGUUCAUUUAUGCCAGAGCAAUAUAGUGCGACAUUGUGGCAUGGGCUGCAUGGUUCAAUGAUUCAAAUGUAGCAAGAGAUACGAUAUUGUCUCGGCAUAAAAUAACUGCCAAUGUUCUGAUCUAGCAUGUCGCAUUGCCGCAUGUUCCGGCGUCAUACAGU